ACCAGGCAUGUUUCUCUUCAUUUAAAGGGAGCUCCUCAGUGAAAAGGUUUUCUUAAAGGAGUCAGACACAGAGGGAUUAUGAUUGAAGAUCUCUUCCAGUCCUCCACUUCAGUCUCCCUGUUGGUGGCCAUCGUGGGCCUGCUGGUCCUCCAUCUUUUCUACUCCAGCUUCAGCUCCCAGGACAAGAAGAGGGAGCCUCCAGGACCUAAACCUCUUCCCCUGCUCGGCAACUUGCUUCAUGUGGAUCUCAAAAGACUCGACAGCUCUCUUCUUAAUCUGUCCAAAAAAUAUGGACCAGUGUUCACAGUCUACUUCGGACAGAAGAAGGUGGUGGUUCUGACAGGAUACAGGACUGUCAAACAGGCUCUGAUCAACCACGCUGAGGAGUUUGGAGACCGAGCGGUCACUCCUAUAUUCUAUGAUUUCAACAGAGGACAUGGCAUAAUAUUUUCCAAUGGUGACUCGUGGAAAGAAAUGAGGCGUUUUGCUCUAACCACACUGAGAGAUUUUGGGAUGGGCAAAAGGAGUAGUGAAGGGAAAAUCAUUGAGGAAUGUCGCUACCUGAUUGAAGAAUUUGAACAACAUGAAGGUAAAGCCUUCGACAAUUCCCACACAAUAAACUAUGCUGCUUCAAAUAUUAUAUCAGCCAUCAUAUUUGGAAAGAGGUUUGAGUACAAAGAUCCUGUCUUCCACGUUAUGUUGAAGAGAGACCACGAGACUAUCCGUCUGACUGGAUCAGCAUCCAUCCAGAUAUACAAUGUGAUUCCUUGGCUCGGCCCUUGUCUUAAAAACUGGAGGGUGUUGAUGAAGAAUGUGGAAGACAACAAGGAGGAAAUAAAAAGCAAAGUAGCAGAGCUGAAGGAGACUCUGAACCCUGAGAUGUGCAGAUGCUUUGUAGAUGCAUUUCUCAUCCGUAAGAUGAAUCUGGAGGAGUCUGAAAUCAAGGAUUCACACUAUCAUGAUGACAACCUUCUCUACAGUGUGUUGAAUCUGUUUGCAGCUGGGACUGAUACGAUGGGAUAUACACUUCAGUGGUGCCUCCUGUUUAUGGCAAAGUACCCACAUUUUCAAGACCGGGUCCAGGAGGAGCUGGACAGGGUGGUUGGAAGUCGUCAGGUUGGAGUAGAGGACAGGAAGAACCUGCCGUACACUGAUGCUGUCAUUCAUGAGUCACAAAGACUGGCCAACAUCGUCCCGUUGGCCAUUCCUCACAAAACCAGCCAAGACGUCACCUUCCAGGGCUACUUUAUCAAAGAGGGGACUAUUGUGUUUCCUCUUCUCACUUCUGUCCUGUAUGAUGAGAGCGAAUGGGAGACCCCACACACUUUCAACCCUUCCCACUUCCUGGAUAAGGAGGGUAAAUUUAUCAGGAAAGACGCCUUCAUGCCCUUUUCUGCAGGUCGCAGGGCGUGUCUUGGGGAAAGUCUGGCCAGAAUGGAGCUCUUCCUCUUCUUCACCUCUCUCCUUCAGCGCUUUCAUUUCACUCCUCCACCUGGAGUCACAGUGGAUGAACUGGAUCUGACACCAGCUGUGGGCUUCACCCUCGGCCCUUCACCUCAUGAGCUGUGUGCCGUCAGUCGCCAGUGAGGACGAGAGCUGGAACUUUAUUAUCGUUUCUGUGUAUUUAUUCCACAAAAGGAGCAGAAACUUUCUCCAUGCAACUUGUGGUCACUCCAGCACCCAUGAUGUGGGAUGGGAUGUUGUGGGUGAAUGUUGUGUCGAUAUU